AUGAGGGUCUUGGACCAUCCGGGAAGCCUGCUUGGACUCCUGCUGCUGCUGGUGGCCCCUGGGGGGGAAGCAGCAGGCAGCCCGCAGGCAAAAGUGGACUGCAUUUGCCACAAUGAAGAUUACGUGAUCUGCGACUGGGGCAGCCAGCAGAAGCCGGGUCACAACUACUCUUUCUACUUCUGGUUCGAAGAGCUCAGCAAGCCAGCAGAGUGCAAGGAAUACAGACAGACAGAUGGACUCAACGUGGCAUGCCAGUUCAGCAAAUAUUACCUCUUCAACUACUUGAAAAUGUAUCUCAAUGACAGUCAGGGGCAGAAUGUUGUCCCCGAAGCCGUACUACUGAACACCCGAGUGAGACCUGGCAAGCCCUUUAACCUCACCUUGCACAACCUGAGCAACCACCAGCUUCUCCUGACCUGGGACACUCCCUACAAAAAUGCCAAUUGUUUGCAGCACGCUGUCAGAUACAAGAGCAACAAGGACACACAGUGGAUGGAAUACCACGUAAACAGCAUGGAGUUCCAAAUUCCCAGUGUGGAUCCUAAGAAGCACUACGCCUUCUAUGUCAAGAGUAAACUGCACAACAAGUGUGCAACCACAGAUCUCUGGAGCGAGGAAUCCAACCCUACCUUUUGGGGAAAAGAAGACGUGUCCCCCACUUCACCGCCCUCUUCACUCAAAGACGUUGUGAUUCCGUUGGGCUCCUUCUUCGUUCUGCUGAUGCUGCUCUUGGUCUUGCUGCGGAUGGAGAGAAUGUGGGUGGUCCUGAUGCCCAGAAUCCCAAAACCCAGCAGGAAGUUUGAGGAUCUCUUCACUGCAUAUCAAGGCAAUUUUUCAGAAUGGUCUGGAGUCUCCAAAGACGUGCUGGAGAGCUUCAGGCCCAGCCAUUAUGAAAACAUCUGCUCCAUCACUGAGCUGCUGCCCGGCGGGGACUGCCUGCCUGCAAGCAAUGAGGCCACAAUCAAGACCGGAGAGUUGCCUGACCCUUUGCCAGACCCUCCUCCCAAGGCCAGCCCGGGCCCUGCGGCAUUCACCACCUGAGUUUGCACAUGGAGCCCCCGUGGAGGGAGGAGCC